AUGAGGGGCCUCUCUGCGGACGCCGCGCUGCGGUCUCUGUCACAUCUGACUUUGCUCUGCAGCUUUCUGGCCGGGGCCCCCGCUCAGGAGGCCGCGGGGGGUGAUGGCGGUGGAGAUGCGCUCCGGCGGGGGUUGACAUGGCAACACAACGGACAGGUCUUUAGCAUCCUCAGCCCCGGGUCCCAGCACCGGCCGUCCGGCGGGAGGCGGACCGGGUUCCCCGGCCUCGGUAACCCGGUGGUGGUUCUCAGCCGAGCCAACGACACGGUCCCGGUGGCGCCCCGGGGAUCCCCGCGGGGCCCCGCCGCCAGCGACUACGCGCCAUUACGCGCGGCCACGCGCCAUCCUCCGCCGCCUCGGCGCCCCGGUGCCGCGGGCCCGGUCCGACCGGAGGACGCGAUGGCCGGAGACGAUCCGCACAACCCGUACAAGACUUCCAACUACUACCCGUACUAUAACUACUACCACUCGUACUACCGACCCAGAGCCAGGGCCCACGGCCACGGAACCAGAUACCACCAGCACGGUCUCCCUGACCUGGUCCCUGAUCCGGACUACAUCCAGACCGGCAGCUACGUGCAGAGGAUGCCGAUGUACAGCCUCCGCUGUGCUGCUGAGGAGAACUGCCUGUCCUCCUCCUCCUCCUCCUCCCAUCACUAUGACACCCGGGUGUUGCUGCGGUUCCCUCAGCGGGUGAAGAAUCAGGGAACAGCUGACUUCCUGCCCAGUAGACCUCGAUACGAGUGGGAGUGGCACAGCUGCCAUAACCACUUCCACAGCAUGGACGACUUCAGCCUGUACGAGCUGCUGGAGGUCGGCUCCCAGAGACGAGUGGCUGAGGGACACAAGGCCAGCUUCUGUCUGGAGGACACGUCAUGUGACCCGGGGUACUACCGCCGCUACGCCUGCACCUCCCACACACAGGGCCUGUCCCCUGGUUGCUAUGACACCUACAACGCCGACAUCGACUGUCAGUGGAUCGACAUCAGCGACGUUCCUCCGGGGAAAUACGUCCUCAAGGUGACGGUGAACCCUGAGCAGCGCGUCCCAGAGUCCAACUUCAACAACAACGUGGUCCGCUGUGAGGUCCAGUACACGGGGACCGCCGCACAUGUGACCCACUGCACCACCACGCCGUGA